CUACAAGCGCACUAGCCUCUCUUGACACUGUACAACUGUGUGUGUGUGCGCGUGUGUGUGUGUGUGUUUAUGUGUGUGUGUGCGUGCGUGUGUGUGUGCGUGUGCGAAAUCUCGCACCUCUCCCCACCCCUCCCUAGCCUAUAGUUUAGCUCAAUAUACCUAGUUAGGCUAAUACGAUCACGUUAGUUUUUAUUUGGCAGGAUUGUUUUUGUCUGAUUCUGAUUAGGCAAAUGUGAUUUCAGUGCUAGUUUGUAUUUGGCAGGAUUGUUUGUUUGUUUGCUGAACAGGUUACUCUACAGAGUUGGAGUCCUGAUCUAUGUGGUCACUUCUGGCACUACGAUCUUUACUUAACUCUAGUAUGUUUCUUUUGCACCUCUGCACCUUGAACUAAUGCACUUGUUGUACGUCGCUCUGGAUAAGAGCGUCUGCUAAAUGCUUGUAAUGUAAUGUAAUGUAAUGUGUGUGUAUGUGUGUGUGUGUGUGUGUGUGAGACUGAGGGAGUGUGUGUGUGUGUGUAUGUGGGUGUGCGAGCGUGUGUGUGUGUGUGCGUAUGUCUGUGUGUGUGCGUGUGUGUGUGUGUGUGUGUGUGAGAGAGAGACUGUGGGAGUGUGUGUGUGGGUGUGCGUGCGUGCGUAUGUGUGUGUGCGUGUGUGUGUGUGUGUGUGUGUAUGUGUUAGUGUGUGUGUGAGUGUGGGAGUGUAUGUGUGUGUGUGUGUCUUCGUGGUUUUUGUGGUGUGUAAAUAAUUUUAUAACUGCCGGGUCAAAAAUGACCCUAAGACAAUCUUUGUACCCUGGUGGUGUACAGCUUUCAUGGAAAUAUUCACCCACAAAUACAAUAAAAUGAGAUGAACUGUGAGGGCUUCAGAGCUUCAGUCUCCAUUCAGGUGUUCAUCAGCAGUGAACCUUCGGCUGACGGACAGUUUAAUGUGUUAAUACAGGCAGCAGUGUGAUUUCAUAAGAAAACUAAAUGUACACACAGGAGGCAUGACUUGGUAAUAGAUGAUGUGAACCCUAUGACCAGAAAAAAUGAUUUUUAGAUGAUCAGGUCAAAGCUUUUUAAUGCAUAAGAUACAGCCUACUUAAUGAAGACAAAGGGUUUUAUUCUUUCUCAUCAUACUUUUUUGCUUCUUUCAUUUCACCGGAAUGCUGAUAUAAAUCAAGUAUUACUUCAGUUUCCAAUGCUGUCCUGUUGAAUUCAACACUUUUGAAUUCAUUUUGCAAUGUGACACAAGUGGAACUAACUCCAACAGCAAUCAAAACAGACACUAUCUCAACUCGGAAACACACCCACUUCACUAAAACACACCCACAAGUUAUUAUUGUGUCAUGAUACUGCUGGUCCUAUCAGGGUUAACUCAUGCACAACUACUUUAUUUUCUGUUGAUUUGAUUGGUUAGAGUUUGUCUGUUCAUUGUCUCACAAGCGCAUGAAUACACAAAUCACACCUUACAAUUCACAAUGCAUUCUAAUCAGAGCUGCACUACUGUGAAGACUGAACAACUGAACUAACAAGAUGACCAAUUCAGGGGUGAACAACAUACCCUUCAUGCCAGGAAUGGAACUGUGGGUCAAAGGUGCCUCUCAUUUCAAUCCGCAAAGAUUCUCCAUCAAUGUGGGCACAGACGAACAAAACAUUGCGCUGCACUGUGACGUGCGCUUCGGAUAUGGCUCUUCCCGCCCUGUCAUUGUCAUGAACUCCCGGGAAAAUAACGAGUUUGGUGAAGAAGUGAGAGAGAGAAACUUCCCUUUCCAGCCGGAGCAGGAGUUUGAGGUGACCAUUACCUUCAGCAACAAUAGAUUUUACAUUAAUCUACAUGAUGGUCAUAUGUUGGAGUUCCCCGACCGUCUGGAUGGCCAAUCACGUAAUAAAAUUUGGGUUGAAGGAGAUGCCACAAUCCAUGGAAUAAGUUUAAGAUAAAGGCCAACCAGGAAGUGCGAGACUUUCUGGCUCCUGAUUGGCUGUUCUGCUUCGGCUACCCGCCACCUUCCUACAGCUGCGCUUUGGCUGCACUUUGUCCCUCCCAGACAUCAGUGCCUUUAAUCUUGAGCUUCUCUGCAACAUUUAACAGACCCCCUCUGGCGUCUGUCCAAACUCACUGAGUGUGAGAAUCAGUACAGCUUCAAUAAUAAAUCUCUAUCAUGAGCAAAUCUCA